AUGCGUUAAUCUUAGAACAAAGCAAAGUCCCCUUACAAGUAAAGCUAUUGCUAUUAUUUCAAGACAAGCUGAGAAGAUAGGAACUGAAGAGUAAUUUAAAAUUGAACGGGAUAAUAGCUUGAACUGUAAACCUGAUAGCUUCAUUUAAUCAAAAGCCUUCUUAGAAGUAGACAAAUAAAAAUUAAGUGAUAAGUUACCCUUUAGCAAAACUGAUAUUGGAAAUUAAUAACAAUAAAAUAGAGAAUUUUAACAUAAUCCAAAAUAACCAAUAAGGCAACCACAAAAGGAUAUUAAAAAGUAAAAUAAAAUCAAAAAAAGCAAUACCAAGAAAAAAUAAAUUUAAUAAUAUUUACCUAAAUUGAAUAAAGAGAAAAAAAAGCCUUUUGAUUAUAAUCUUCUUUAAAAUACAGGUAAUGUUUAAAAGCAUAAGAAAUCUGAAGACAGUAUUAAUAAAUUUAAUGAAUAAAAUUAGGAUAUCAAAAUAGAUUAUCAAGGAACAAAUAUCUAUAAUAAUGAAGAAAAAAAUACCAGCAAGGUUGAAGAAAUAUAGGCCAAUAAUAUCGAAAUAUCUGAGCCAAAUAAUUAGGAUGAAUAGAAAAACGAAACCUAUCAAUUAAAUAGGAAAUUUCAAUCAAACAAAGCCAGACUACAAAAAACUGUUGAAAUUAUUAGAUAGCUAUAGAAAAUAUCAUCAAAUCAACGACAUAUAGAAGAAAAGUAUAAAUAUUAUCUUAGAGAGACGGACGACUUCAACUCUUUAUGUUAACAUUAUUCUAUUAAGAAAUUAUAGCAAAAAUAAAAUUUAAAAAAGCAUUGCAAUAAUAUAUAGUUUGUAAGGGGAGACGGAAAUUGUUUCUAUACUGCUUUUGGGUAUCAAUUAUUGAAACAUUUACUAUGCACUUUCAAUCUUAAUCAAUAUGAUCAAUUCAUCUAAUUUAUUUUAGAUAAAAAGAUUUAAUUCAAAAUAAAUUAUGACAAUUUUUAAAUAGAUGACUAAGAUUUAUUAGAAGAAUUUCUUUAUUAACUUUAGUAACUUCGUUUAAUUGAAGACUAAGAUGAUCGAAAACAAUAACUUUUAUCAUAAUUUGCUGAACACGAGAUUCAAGAAAAUGGUUAAGGUUGCUUUCAUAAUCUUUCUACGAUAUUCUUAAGAAAUUUAUGUGAUAAUAUCUUAGAAUUUAGUGAAUUGAAAGAUUUGUGCCUUGAUAGAGAAAACUUGCUAAUUUGGGAGGCUGAAUGCAAUUCUAAUGAAGUUAUUAUUUAAGCACUUGCAUCAAAAUUGAAAAUGUAAACUUAUCAUAACUAAUUCUAGUAAUGUUAAAUUGAUAUUUUUUUCGGCUGGUGACUUUAUUAUUCAAGAGUAUGAAAAAGAUUUUUAAAAUUAAAUUAUUCUUCUUAUCUAGCCAGGACAUUAUAACAUUGGAUACAAUAAAUGA